ACAGCCCAGCAUCCGAUGUACUUACUACUAUUAUAGAAUUAUUUUUUUCACUUGGAGCUUGCAGUUUUGAAAGAUGGAAGCAGUCCAUAAUUUUUUUAAAGGUGCUUUACCUAAAUAUUUGAGGAACCUACCGAUCCCUAAGACCUUUGGCGGCUUUGCCAAUUUAUCUGGUGAAGAUUGGUCCAACUUGACACCAUUUUUACUUUCAAUCAUUUUGAUUUUCUACAUGGGAUCCAAAACUUUGUUUGGUCGUAAAAAAGCAAUACUUAAACCCAAGGUAAAUCAUAGUAUCCAGAAGGAAGAUUCCAAGGUAGUUACACAAAUGGACAUUGAGGACAUUGGAGACAAGAUUGCCUUCUGUAGAUGCUGGAGGUCAAAAAAGUUUCCUUUAUGUGAUGGAUCCCAUAACAAGCAUAAUGAUGAAACAAGAGAUAAUGUUGGACCAUUGUUGCUUAGACGCGCUGGUGAUGAAUAAAGAAACUCUCAGAAAUCAGCUGACUCUUACACACCAUGAGGGCAGUUUUAUCUACCAGUUUUAUUUUGUUCAAAAGAUACUCCUGUUACUCCUAUUAGAAUUAACAUUUCACUCCCCCCUCCCCUGCACUGUAGAAUUAUUUUAUGGUAACUAUUUAAACACUUUUGUUAACAGUAUAAAUUUAAAUCAAUGCUAUUACAUUCUUAGUGAUGAAACUACAAAAAUUAACUUGUUAAAAUAAUGUAAAUGAAAAACUAUUUUUGUUCGGAAAAAUAUAACAUUUUUUUUUAUUGUCUAGAUCUAUAUGUUAAAAUUGAAAUGUUGAUGAUCUCAGAAAACUUGAAGUUUCAAAUUUAUUGUAGUGUAAGACAAGUGAAAAUAAACGAAUCAGUUUUU